AUGACCGCAGCCGGCCGCGCCCUGCCAGUCGCCGCUGUGCUGCUGCUGCUGGUAGCUGCCACCCGCGCCUCCCACAGGAGGCGCACGCUGUCCGACCAGCGACUGGCGGAGCUGCAGACGAUGGUGGCCAUGGAGGCCAUGGGAGGAAAGGUCAAGGACGUGCCAGUCGGCCACGGACUCGUGAACGUGCAGAAAGUGGGGAAGAGGCAGUCCGACCAGCGGCUGGCGCAGCUGCAGACGAUGGCGGCGCUGCAGGCGAUGGGCGGCAGCGUCAGGCGCGUCCCCGUGGGCUACGGCGCCGUCGACGCGCGCAAAGUAGGUCGCAAGCGCGCGCCGUGGUCGUGGUGGGUACCAGGCUCUGGUGGCUGGGACCUGAACACGGUCUCGGACCAGGGCGACGCGGACGUCGACUCCGCGCAGUGGUGGCGCUGACCAGUUCACUGCUCUCCUUGGACCGAGCUCACUUACCCCUCCACACUUCACAUAUGUCUAUGAUCACUCAGUUACUGUAAA